AUGCAGGCUGUCGCCGGUUUGUCGACGACGACGACCGACAUGAAUAUUAAAUCGACCGGCCGGAUUACUAUAGCAGAGAGUCGGCUCAGCUGGGCGCGACCGGCCAGCGUCGACGGCAUUCAAGUGACGGACGGAUGUAACCUCGUCACUGAAUCGUUUCAGAGCACGUUAGUGGACGACCGAUUGGAGUCCGUUGCCAAAGGGGAUCAAACUCUUGACUUGGGAUAUCCACCUUAUAUCCUACAGACGAGCCACGUGACCAGCCCUACGUCUCAUCGAGUUAGACAGGGUUGA